GUGAGGACUGCAGUGCGAGCUGAGCGGGAACAGCCCCUUGCCAUGGCUGAGGCCCCAGAGGCACGGAAUGCUCCGAAUGCCAGCGGCUGAGCGAGCCACGGGGGCUGCUGCUGGACGAGCGAGAAAGCCAGCAGGAGCAUUUCAGGCACGGCAAGGACAGCCCAUCGCUCUGCCCGCUCCCGCUGCUGCUUCCUUCGCUCCCGCCCACAGUCGAUUCCGGCAGCUCUCUUAUCUCGGGGCUGCCACGUCCUCUCCGACUCUUCCUCACUCAGCGAACACGCAGCUUGCUCUCGCCAUGCACCUCGCACAUCUCAUCCUCAGCGUCUUCCUGGCACAGCUCCUGGGCAUCAAGGGGCAGAUCACGGUCACUCAGGAAGAUGGACAAGUCAUGGUGAAACAGGGACACACAUUCCACACCACCUGCAAUUACCAGAGCAGUGGUUUUAAUGCCUUGCUCUGGUACCAGCUGCGGAAAGGCCAAGCCCCCCAGCUGCUCUCCUAUCAAGCAGGGACUGGCCCCAGGCACAUCGGCCGUAUCAGCACGCACCUGAACACCACGGGGAAAUACAGUGUCCUGAAGGUGGAGGAAGUGGAGGGCUCUGACAGUGCCCUGUACCUCUGUGCUGUGCAAGACACCCUGGUGCAGGGAGCUUCCUCGGCUGUGCAACAACCCAGGGGAGGGAGGGAGGGGAGGGAAUUCCCUGCCGAUGCCAGGGACACCGAGCACUGCUCUGGCCCUGCACAGCACAGAGCAGCAGAUUCCCCGGCUCAGAAGGAGCCCGAGUAG